AUGGCCCAAAAUCGCCCUGCAGCGUUCAACAACCUGCGGAUGGGAGAAGUUGUCCGCGAGAAGGUCCAAGACGGAAUCACCGGCGAGACGAGGGAUCUACAAUACACGCAGUGUAAGAUCGUGGGAAAUGGAUCUUUCGGUGUCGUGUUCCAGACAAAACUCUCGCCUUCCAAUGAGGAUGCCGCAAUCAAGCGGGUUCUCCAGGACAAGCGAUUCAAGAACCGUGAGCUGCAAAUCAUGCGUAUCGUGCGACACCCCAACAUCGUCCAGCUGAAGGCCUUCUACUACUCCAAUGGCGAACGGAAGGAUGAAGUGUACUUGAACCUUGUUCAGGAGUUCGUGCCUGAGACAGUAUACCGAGCGUCGAGGUUUUUCAACAAGAUGAAGACCACAAUGCCGAUUCUCGAAGUCAAACUGUACAUUUACCAGCUCUUCAGGGCCCUCGCCUACAUCCACUCGCAAGGCAUCUGCCAUCGCGACAUCAAGCCGCAGAACCUCCUACUGGACCCCAACAGUGGCAUUCUGAAGCUGUGCGAUUUCGGAAGUGCGAAGAUUCUCGUCGAGAACGAGCCAAACGUCUCGUACAUUUGCUCGCGCUACUACCGAGCACCGGAGCUCAUUUUCGGCGCCACCAACUACACUACCAAGAUUGACGUUUGGUCUACGGGAUGCGUCAUGGCGGAGCUGAUGCUGGGACAACCGCUCUUCCCGGGUGAAUCCGGCAUCGACCAAUUGGUCGAGAUCAUCAAGGUCCUGGGUACGCCUACUCGCGAGCAGAUUCGGACUAUGAACCCCAACUACAUGGAGCACAAGUUCCCUCAGAUCAAGCCACACCCGUUCAACAAGGUCUUCCGCAAGGCCGAUGCGAACGCAAUUGAUCUCAUUGCCAAGCUUCUCGAGUACACGCCGACCGAGCGACUCGGCGCUAUCGACGCCAUGGUCCAUCCUUUCUUCGACGAACUGCGGGAUCCAAACACGAAGCUGCCGGACUCGAGACACCAAACCGGCCAAUUGAAGGAGCUCCCAGCCCUGUUUGACUUCUCUCGCCAUGAAUUGUCGAUUGCCCCUCACCUCAACCACAAGUUGGUUCCACCCCACCUGCGACCAGGUCUUGCGGCGGAUGGUCUGGACAUCGACAACUUCACGCCGUUGACGAAGGCAGAAAUGCUUGCCAAGCUUGACUGA